UCAAUCGAAGAAGAAAAAAGCGGAAGUUAGUCACGCUUCACAAGGAGACGUUCCCUUUAACAAUCCCAAAGCCGAAAGCCCCUUAAAGAGGGACGAGAGGUGAAAGCGAGUGAAACUAUCACAUUGAAAAUGUUGCAAGAGGUGAUAAGGGAGCGACUAAUGGCGGCAGCUGAGGAAAUAAUCGGACUGUUUGAAAGGACGGUAACGUCGUACGAGGAGGCACUUUGUCGAACAAGAGAGGAAAACGAGCGACAAAGACGACAACUGGAAGCUUUUCACAAGACGCAAGUGAUGUUAGAGGUGGAUGACGUCCAGCAGCCCCCCCACAUCAAAGAGGAAGCGGAGGAACUCUGGAUCGCUCAGAAGGAAGCGCGUCUUCUCGAGCCGGAGGAGGUCGAUCUCACCUCUGCUGUCCCUGUGAAGACGGAAGACCCCGAAGAUUUACCACGAGCCGAGCGCCUCUUGGCGCCGCUAUCAGAUAGCGAUGACACGACGUCACACUCUCCUGAGGCUGGGAACCAGGGGAGGACCCGAGAACCUUUGAGCAGCGAUACAGACUGUGAAGGUGACAUGACUAACAACAAACGUUCUGAAUGUGCUGAAAGGGAGACAGGUAAAGAACCUUUUACCUGUCCGGUUUGCGCUAAAAGCUUUUAUAAAAAGAGCGCUUUUACUCGACACAUGAGAACACACACAGGGGAGAAACCCUUUACAUGCUCAGUUUGUGGUAAAAGAUUCUCCCAAAAGGUAAAUAUGGACGCACACAUGAGGACACACACAGGGGAAAAACCUUUUUGUUGCUCAGUUUGUGAUAAAAGAUUCUGUCACAAUAAAAGCAUGGUAUCACACAUGAGGACACACACCGGAGAAAAACCCUUUCAUUGCUCAUUUUGUGGGAAAAGCUUUUCUUACCGAUACAGUUUAACUCAGCACAUGCGGAAACACACGGGAGAAAAACCCUACAGAUGCUCAGUUUGCGGGAAAAGCUAUUUUCAAAAGAAAAGCUUGACAACACACAUGCUGACGCACGAUGGAGAGUAAAUUUUUUCUGCGGGAUCAAAUACUUAUUUCACUCAGUCAAAGACGAAAGAAAUCAUUCUAAGCCUUAGUUCAUGUUUUUUUUUAUUCUGUCUCUGUUACAAUAAACCCAACCAAACUAUUCUGGACUGUU